AUGCUACCGCCACCUCCACGAAAAGGAUCAAGAUUUCGCAAAACCUGCUCCGCUGUAUUCGGCUAUGCAGUUGUUCCGAGUACUGAAGACACCUCCCGGAAGCACUCAAAAGAACAGCACCUUGAAAAUUCUGGCGGGCUCGGCUCGUCAGCGCUCGUGUUCUACCUCCGCGUGUCCGGGGUUUUGGUUUUGGGGUUUGGGGUGGGAAACAUUGCUCAAAAAACCAGGUCCUACAAAGCGACGCGCCCGUCCCUCAAAUCGGAGCAGGAUGCGGCGGGCCAGGGUCUAGACAACCAGAUCGUUUGGCACUGCGGUGCAAAACGUCUUGACCACUUGAUGGAUCUGCAUGCAACGAGUGAUAAUCUGUGCUCCUGGGCUGUCAACAAUUAUGCCAGAUUCAAAUUCCCGAUGUCCGUGACCUGUCUUCUCGCGAUGCAGGUACUUUCCGCUUGGUCUUCCGAUUCGUGGGUUUGGGAAUACAUGCAUCAAUGCCUGGAAGAUGCCAUAAAAAGCUUAGUGGACCCACAGCGUUUGCUGGUCAGAAGUGCUCAACUGUCGAUAACCUCGGCCAUCAGGUUCUGUUAUGUAACUACAUGGAGAGUUAUGUCCGCAUACGAUUGCUCCAUUUCGAGUGCGCCCUAUGACGGACAGAAUAGGACGAUAUAUCGAUCGUUCUUCAUAUCACUGUCCAACCCUAACCCUGCGAGCAUAAUUUUCUUCGACAAACCCACGGCAAAUGGAUGCGGCUUUGGGGAAGAUCGCUCAAAUUGUCUUACAGAAAUCGUCUUUGCUGUGUGA